CCAGUUGGUGGACCAACCAGCAUUCCUAGCAUUGCUGUUCCAAGUUCACGCAGGUUUAAUCGUCCGCGAACUUCCACAAGCUUCUAACAGGUGGUCAUAACUACGGAGGCCUGACCUAUCUACUCUUGCGACAAGAAUUCUGCUGGUUCUUCAACUAUCAGGUUUGGCCUCGAAAUUAAGCUCAGCCGGAAAGUUCACCUUUCCACGAUGGAGACGGGUUCUUGUAGGAAUACUAAGCUGUUUUUUAAGCUAUUUGGGUUUGUAGGCACUCUUUGCGUAAUUGGUAUUGUAGGGUAUUAUUCUGGAGCUGAAAAGAAAUUGGUAUCGUUGUACACGGAUAUAUCGAAACGCUCGGCCGUGGUCGGACCACCCCCCGCACCACGUGAAUUUCCCCAUGCGGCAGUAGCCGCUGACCACGAGCUUUGCUCCAAGCUCGGCACGCAGGCGCUGAAAGAUGGUGGCCAUGCUGUUGACGCUGCCAUAGUAACGGCAUUGUGUGUAGGCGUGGUUAAUCCACACUCCGCUGGUAUCGGAGGCGGUGGCUUCAUGGUGAUUUACGAUAGAGAGUCUAAGACUUCGGCUUCUAUCGACUUCCGUGAGAUGGCACCUAAACGCCUGACUUCCAAAGGCACCGAAGACAUGCUACACGUACUUCAUCUGAUGAAAAUGAGAGAAAUGAACACAAUGCGGCCGAGUGAAGGCUUGAUGGUCGGCGUUCCCGGCGAAUUGCGAGGCUUUGAAAAUGCGUGGAAGAAGUACGGAAAGCUCAAGUGGGAGAGGCUUUUCCAACCCGCUGCUGAUCUCUGCAAGAAGGGGUAUAAGGUGCACCCGUCCCUAGCGACGGCUAUUGCCAAGAACGCCCUCAACAUCACCAACAGCAACUCUCUAGGGGAGAUCUUUACUCGUAAUGGAAAAAUGCUAGUCGAGGGUGAUAUUGUCAAGAGACCUGUGUACGGAAAGACCUUAGAGGAAAUAGGCAAGUCUGGUGGUGCAGAUAUCUUCUACAACGGCAAGAUGUCUAAGACAGUUGUGAAAGACAUAAACGGCGAGGGGGGCAUCUUCACCCUUGACGACCUAAAGGAGUACAUUGCCGGGGAUGUUAAACCUGUCAUAGCCUAUCUGGGUCACAUGAACGGAGCCAAAAUCAUCACCCCACCCCCACCCGCAGGGGGAGGUGCUGUCAUGUCGGAGGCACUGCAGAUUCUAAGUGGAUACAACUUCAAGCCAUCGGAUCUCAAGGACCACCCUGGGUUGACAUACCACCGCAUGAUUGAGGCGUUCAAGUUUGCACACGCUAGUCUGACGUAUCUUGGCGACCCACGGUACAUGAAGGAUGCCAACAAGGUCGUGGAGAAAAUGGUCGAUCAGACACACUCCAACAACCUUCGCAAGUUCAUCGACAACAGGACCCAUCCUGUCAAAUACUACGGACCCAUCAACUACCGGACUGACGUCACAUCCGGUACAACUCAUCUGUCUGUUGUGGAUGCUGAUGGCAACGGGGUGUCUCUGACCAGCUCCAUCAACAAGUACUUCGGUUCCAAGAUUCGUUCCAAGAAACUCGGAAUCAUCUAUAAUGACCAGCUUGCUGAUUCCAUGAACCACUGGGUGAACGAGUAUGGUCUUGUACCAGACAACUUCCUUCCUCACCGCAAGCCCUUGUCCCUGGCGUGCCCGGCCAUCAUAGUAGACAAGGACGACAACCUACAGAUGGUGAUCGGCGCAGCAGGAGGGCGAUACAUCCCCACUACGUUAGCGCAGGUGAUAAUGAACUACUACUGGUUUGGCCUAAACUUGAAGAAUGCGGUAGCUAGACCCAGGCUCCACUCACAGCUCUUCCCAGAAAUGGUUCUAGUCGAGGAAAACUUUUCCCACAAGCUCAUAAAAAAGAUCAAACGAUUUGGCCAUCGUUACGUUACCAAUGAUACAGCCCUCUUUACUGGAACCCCGACACAGAUCAUGGGUGUAGUGCAGGUUAUUGUUCGUGAGAAGAGCGGUAAGCUGCUGGCGCUAGCAGACUACCGCAAGGGCGGCAUCGCUGACGGGUACAAGAAAUAAAAAUAUGGACUUUUAUAUAUUUUCUUCUUGAUUGUAUAAAUGACAAUAGUUGGUGGUGCCUGGGAGAAAUGACUCCGAAAGCGUCCUCAUUAGCUGCUUUUUAAAGAAAGGGACAAACCUGUGUGUACUUGUACCUUUUUCUGAAAAGCAAAUAAAAGUGUGUUUUUUUCGA